UUCCAGGAUAACCUGUCUGUCGCUCGUUCCGUACAGCUCAAUCUAAUCCCUUCGCUCGCCCCGUACAACUAAUUCCAAACCCUCAAAUCCAUAUACGCCUAAUCAACUCUCCCCCAAGCUAGUACUAAACAACAGUCAAGAUGAGUUCCGGAGCCCUUACCACCUCGGCCUUCUUCACCUGCGACCCGGCGGCCACGGUCACCGCCACCGCGACCACCAAUGUCUACACCACCGUGUACACGACAACGGCCCUCGCCGCCAACCCCUCCACCUCGUGGAUGGCCACUUACACCGUCACCGAGGUCUGCACCGGCCAGCCCUGGGAGUACGUGACCAAGGAGAUCCCCCCUUGCUUCGCCCCCACCACCGUCUUCUGCGAGCCCUGCGCCCAAAAGACCAUCCCCAUCAUCUGCCCCAUCCCGACCCCGACCGCCGACGUCGUCAUCAACGGCAACGGUGUCACCGCCAACUCCAACCCCGUCAUCACCGCCGCCCCCUACGGCGUCUACGGAUCCUACGGCUCCUACAGCAACGGUAACGGCCAGGGCACCGGCAACGGAGGCGGCGCCAACAACAACAACAACAACAACAACAACAACAACAACAACAACAACGGCGGCUCUUCCCCCGGCGGCGGUGCUGGAGGAAACGGUGGCGGCUCCAACGGCGCUGCUCCCUCUGGCAGCCAGGGCGCUGGAAGCUACGGCGUCUACGGCAGCUACGGCUCUUACAACAACGCUGCACCCGGCGGUGGCUCCCCUGCUCAACCUGGCCAGUCCGGUGCCCCUGGUGCUGGCGGCGCUCCCGGCGCUGGCGGUGCUCCCGGCGCUUCUGGAGUUCCCGGUGCUGGCGGUGCUCCCGGCGCGUCUGGAGUUCCCGGUGCUGGCGGUGCUCCCGGCGCGUCUGGAGUUCCCGGUGCUGGCGGUGCUCCCGGCGCGUCUGGCGCUCCCGGUGCCGGUGGUGCCCCCGGUGGAACCCCCGCUCAGUCUGGCGCUCCUGGAGCCCCUGGCGCAUCCGGUGCUCCCGGUACUGGAGGCUCUUCCGGUGGUGCUGGAGGCGCUGGCGGUGCCCCCGGCCAGUCUGGCGCUCCCGGCUCCGGCGGCGGUGCCUCUGGCUCGACCGCCACCGGUGGUGCUUCCGGCUCCACGCCGUCCACAGUCCAGGUCGCCUCCGCGCCGUCUCUCAAGAAGAGCCUCGGUCUCCUUUGCGGUAUCGCAAUGGCUGCCGGCCUUACCAUCUUUGCUUAAAUCGACUCUCUAAUUUUUUCCAUUCCCAUCAUGCAUCUCCAUAACGCCGUGUGCUCGCGCCCAAAUAUCAAAAAAGGGGAAAAGAAAAAGGUUGACGGGAGAAAGGUUCAUUGGAAAAAUACGGUUUUUUGGAUCCUUGUUCUGUAUUAAUCUUUGGCUAUAAUUCCCGGGAGUUUCGAACUUUUUCAAACAUGAAAGAAAGAUGUCAUUUUUGUUUACUAAUUGGCGGCAUUUGUGGGCUACUGCUGCCCACAGCGGAGUUGACAUAGGUGGACAAAGGGCCCAAAGGUGUUUCGAUAUUAUUUUGAAUCAAUAACGUUGUUGUUUUUUUAGAUUGAAGUACGAAUACAGGUUUUCCUUGAGGGUGUCUUUGCUAUGCCCCCCCCCCCCCCUC